AUGGUCAAGAUCCUCGCACUCGUUUUCCUCUCGGCGGCCAUGGCCGCGCAGGCACCCGAGUGCGCUUCGACGUGCGUUGCGAACUUUCUGCCCGGCUGCGGCGGCUGCGGCGCCAACGGCUUCGUCGUGGGCGGUGGUGGCAAGGGCGGUGGCCCCAGCUUCAACGGUGACGUUCCGACCCCGAUGCCGUCGGUGCCAACGCCAAUGGCCUCGACGCCGCUUCCGUCACCCGCUGCGUCAAUCCCGGCCGACAAUGGCAUGAACACCCAGCAAGGCGGUCUGGGCCAGAACGGCAACACACCCGGCAGCAUGAUGAACCAGCCGAUGCUCAACGGUAUCGGCAACGCGAUGUCGACCGGAAACAACGGCGGUCUCUCCAGCACUGGCGGUCUCUCGGGCGGCAGCAUCAAUGGGCUCGGGGCCAUGGGUGGCAUGAAUGGCCUCGGCAGCAUGAACGGCGGCAAUGGUAUGAUCGGCGGCGACAUGAGCGGCAAUGGCAUGACCGGCGGCAACAUGGGCUCGGGCAACGACGCGCCGUCGCCGACGCCUGCGAUGUCGAUGCCGACCUCGGACGGCUCGGCGCAGCCAGCCAACGGUCUCGGCAACAACCUGCUCGGUGGCAACGGCAUGAUGGGCGGGAACGGUGCUGCCGGCAACGGCAUGAUGGGUGGCAACGGUGCUGCCGGCAACGGGAUGGGCAGCAACGCGCAGCUCGGCAAUGGCGGCAUGGGUGGUCUGGGACAGAUGGGCGGCAUGGGCACCGAGUCGCAGACGGCCGCGCCGCCGACCGCGAUGCCGAAUGCGACGACCGCCGUCGUGACAGUUCCUGCGCCGACCACGGAGCUGCUUCCGACCACGGACGCGCCCACGGCUGUGGUAUACCGCAAGAGCGCAGCCCCGUCGCUUGCCGCUUCCAUGACACUGGUCGUCGGUGCCGCCGCCGUGGCGCUGUUUUAA